AUGCCGCCCCCCUCCUCCUCCUCAACCUCUAAACCAAAAAGAAAACUCCCCGCCUCCAACCCCCUCGCCAUCCGCUCCAUCCUCUCCCACAUCGACUCCCACCUUACCAACAACAACAACAACCCCAAGGGCCUCCCCCCUCUCAUCCACACCAAAUCCCAAGCCCUCGCGCAUCUCGCCCAUCUCGCCUUUACAGAAAAAUUUCCGUACACGGGAAACAAAGCCGCUGCUGCCGGAGGAAAAAACAAAUCCGCUGAAGCAGGAGGAGGAACUGGAGGAGAGAAAUUUCAUACGGCAAAAACUCUCUGGGAUGCAAUGGGGUAUGUAGUGAGGAGUUAUAAGAAAGAAGAGUUUCGGAAUUUGAGGGGGAGGGAGGCGACUUUGAGGAUUUUUGGGGAGGGGGGGAGGAUGUUGGAGGGGGAGUAUUUGGGGAGGAUUGGGUAUGAGGUUCGUGGGGGGGAGGAAGGAGAAGAAGGAAAGGGGAGGUGGGAGGGGGAGGAAGAAGGAGGAAAGGGGAGGGGGGAUGAUGAUGACGAUGAUGAGGGGUUGGUGCAGAAGGGUGGAGAAAUUCAGGGGGGGAAAAAGAGGUGGGGCGGGGAGAGGGAAGAAAUGGGGAGUAAGAGGAAGAAAUUGUUGAGACGGGGUGGUAGGAUUAUUCCACCGCUGGGUUUGGGAGAUAAUGGUCGGAUGCGGCGGCAGUCUUGUCUUCUUCCGAGUUGUGGUGAUUCUACUACGCUGGAGCAGCAACAACACCAACACUGUACUGAGGAGCAGGUUGGAAACUCUAAAGAAUCGUCGCGGAAGAUGGUGGUUUAUGAACCUGUUGUCAAUGAUCCCCCGAGCAAGAAGAAUGAGAAGAAGAAGAAGAAGAAGGAGAAGUUGGAUCUUCUUCUUCCUCCUCCGAGCCCAUCCCACCUCGACUCCGAACUCCAACACCAUCUCCAUCUCCUUCGCGCCACAAUCUCAGAUUUCUCUACUUUCCUCACAGAAACGAAGCCCGCAACACCACAACCAACAACAAUAUCAACAAACGACCGACAACCUCUUCCCCUCGCCAACGGGAAAAUAUCCUCCAAUCUCAAAACUCUAUACCGUAACAUUUUCCAGGACAACAACGGAUUCUGGCGAGAUGCUUUUGAGGAUUUCGUUGUUGGCAUGAAGAAGAAGAAGGAGCAGGAGGGGAAGAAGAAAAAGAAGGAAAAAGAGGAAAUUACACCAUCAACAACAAUCAUCCAAGCGAUGAUUUGGACGUUUUUGGAAUUGGAAUUAUGGCGGAUUUUGAUGGAACAUUUCACAUUCUUUUCUUCCUCCUCCUCCUUUCCUUCAAAAACAAUCAUACCACCACAACAACUCCAAACCAUCCAUACCCAAGCUCUAAUCCUCCAAGCCGAAAUGAGCAAAAAAGCUCCCUCGACGAUGAUGAUCAGCAGUGAGAAAUCUUCUUCUUCUUCUUCAUAUUACAGAUUUUUCAAGCAUAGCCAUGGAUCGAUUGCUUACUGUCGUCGAUUUUUUCCUGCAGAUGAUGGUCAUCAUCAUCAUCAUCAUCAUCUUGACCAGGAGAACAAGAAGAACAACAACAAUCCAUCAGAGGAGGAGGAGGAAGAGGAGAGAGAUAUUGAGAAAGUGGCGUUUACGAUUUCGCCGAGGAUAGAACGUGUGUCCUCCUCCUCGUCGUCAUCGUCAUCGUCACCGUCAUUAUCAGGCGAGAAGACGACGGUAGUGAUUGAGCCUGCGGUGAUAGCUUUGUUGGGGAGAAGUGGAGAUGGAUGA